UCAUGGCCACGGUUGGGGAAAGUGUUACGACUUUGUACGUUCAAAUUGUGUUAAAAAUCUUUUAUAAAUACGCCUUUCAGUAAGAAUGCUAAUGAAGGGGUGGCGUACAAUUCUCGUUCACAUUCUUAUCGCCUGGAAAACGUCGGAUUAACUUUGGAUUAAACGCGAGCGCGACGUUUACGAUCAAGUGAACAUCUGACAGAAGCGAAUUGUGCAGGAACGACGAAGAAAACCGCCGUAAAGUUUCUACGGCGUGAAAGGAACGGAAACAGAGGGUUACAGCAAUGUCUAAGAAGACUAAUUGCAACAAAAUGUUGGUUCAUCAAUUAUCAUCAGUGUUACCUGAUGAUAGGCCAAUCACAGCCAUAAGUGUUGUUGAAGAUAUAGAUAAGUGUCCGCCAAAUUUUACAGUGAUUUCAAGAACAUACGAUCAAGAUACUGAUGCCGAUUUAGGGAGAGAAACUGGACUGUUCAUUAAAAAAAGAGCCAGAUACAUAUGUUUUUCAAAGACUGAAGGGUUACCUCAUUGUGUGGUCGAAGAUCUAGCAGUCAUUAACGAACGAGAUGCUCCGCCAGAAGGAUACAGCAUGAUUUCUUAUACUGUAGAUUCAAUGCAGAAGGCAUGGAGGAAGAAACAGUUGUGCUAUAAAGUUAGAAAUAAGGAAUUAUGCUUGAAAGCAGUUACAGACAUUAUUAUAUGUAGUAGGAUUGCGCACAAAGUGUAUACAUCUAAAAUGGCUCCUAACGGUUUUGUCGCAGCUGGUGUCAUAAAUGGAGUUUGCGUUUGCUACAAAACCGUGGAUAUUGUAAAUGGGAAUUCCAGUUCGCAAUCAUAUGUUAAUAUAGAUUUAUUUCAAAAUGCAUCUCCAAAUCCAUCAAAUGGUACACCUCAUAGAAUACCUCCUGAAAGACCACCGAAACCAAAGUUUUCACCAAAACCGACAAAUGGAAUUUACCCGCCAAUUGGAGGAAAUACGGGGAAGGAGCUAGACGAAUCUAGUGACAGAGAUUAUGAAAUUUUAAGUCCUAGUGCAAGAAUCAGGCCCACAAGACCUGCUCCGCAACCACCUUCGUCAUCAGCCGUUGGAUCCACAUCAAUUUAUGGUACACUGCCAGGAUCUUCCGAUUUGGAUGGAGUCCCCUUCGUUCUUCAUCCGCGUCUUAAUAUUCAUUCGGAUUCCUCUACUCAUAAACUCCCCACAAUCAAAGUCUGGACUCAGAAAGACUUGGACAAGGAGUUCUGUUAUGAUUUCCGCGCGGAAAGAGAAACGUGAAGAAACCACUGUGCCAAAACCAAUUGUGUGAUUCUUCGCGCAAUUAUACAGCUAUAUCUAUACAUUUGUAUUGAUAAUAUAGCACUAGCCAAGUGUAAUAGAGUGCCUGAACGAGUGAUUACUAAACCCGCGAAAAUGGAAUCCUUUAUUACAUUUACCGGUGAGAUGUUCGAGUUUCAUAAUGUCCAUUUUCCGAUAUACUUUUCUCUCUUUCAUGUCCUAUUUAGAUUUUGAUACCAGUGACAGUUAGCGUUGUAUUUUUAUAGAGUUGCGUUGUAUUUUUAUAGGUAGUAGAAGUUAUAUAUAAUUGUAUCAUAUGUUCUAGUUGUUUAUAAAUCAUUACAGAAUAUUUAACAUUGUA